AUGGGUUUCACCGACUUUGUUUCUGAGGCUGGCCUUAGCAUUGCCAACACCUUCUUCCAGUCCCGGAGCUACGUUGUUGGCACCUCUCCUUCUCAGGCCGAUGUUGUGACCUUCAAGGCCUUCUCCGGCGCCCCUGACGCUGAGAAGUACCCCAACGUUGCCCGUUGGUACAAGCACAUCGCCUCUUACGAGUCCGAGUUCGGUAGCCUCCCUGGUGAUGCCUCCAAGGAGUUCACUGCCUACGGCCCUGAGGGUGCUGAGCUCUCCACCAACCCCAAGGACAAGCCCGCUGCCGAUGAUGAUGACGACAUGGACCUCUUCGGCAGUGAUGAGGAGGAAGACCCCGAGGUUGCUAAGAAGCACGCCGAGCGUCUUGCUGAAUAUAAGAAGAAGAAGGAGUCCAAGGGCCCCAAGCCCGCUGCUAAGUCCAUUGUCACCAUGGAGGUCAAGCCUUGGGAUGAUGAGACCAACCUUGAGGAGCUGGAGGCCAACGUUCGUGCUAUCGAGAAGGACGGCCUCGUCUGGGGUGCCUCCAAGUUCGUCGCCGUUGGAUUUGGUAUCAAGAAGCUUCAGAUCAACCUGGUCGUUGAGGACGACAAGAUCUCCAUUGAUGAGCUUCAGGCCGAGAUCGAGGAAGACGAGGACCACGUCCAGUCCACCGAUGUCGCUGCUAUGCAGAAGCUGUAA